GGCCAUCCACUUCCUAUCUGAAGCGACCCUGAGAUUGCUAAGCCAUGGCAAGUCCUGAGGAGCCGGCAGCGAAGCGGAGUAACAGCGGUGCCACUGCCACAGCGACAACAACCGCCGUGCCAGUGUGCAAGUGCCUCUUGCUGCGCUAUGACUACGUGGCCGAUGUCCUGGAAAAGCGAGCUCCCCAUCGGGCAGGACACUUGGCGCACUGGAAGAAGCUCGCAGACUUGAACCAGGUCCUACUGGGAGGAGCAAUGGAUCCCCCAGAGGGUGCCCUGAUCGUGUUGCGGGGGAUCGAACGGGAGAAGCUUGAUGCCUACGUCAAAGAAGAUCCCUACGUGGUGAACGGAUUGGUGCCAUCCUAUGACAUCAAAGACUGGAACGUUGUAGUGGGAUCAGCCAUGCCAGCUGAGUGAAAAAAGUGAGCCGCCUUCGAAAAAGCUGUGGGGAGCUGAAUGGCAUCCAGCUGUGUGUGUUGUUGUUGGCCUUUUU